AUGCAGCAGAGUGAAGGUGUUAACUGUGGUGUUACUGAGUGGGUUGACACGCCCUGGCAUCCAAUUCUUCAGAAUUGCUUGUCCAGGCUGUGGGACAUGUACCAUGAACAGAAUUGUGGCAGGGUAGUUGAUAAGCAGAAGUAUGAGAAGCAUUUGGCCAAGCUUAAGACUGAAAAUGACAAGCUGUGCAUUGAGUACACAAAGCUUGUCCAAGAUAAGGCAGUUGAGGAGGAAGAAUUUGAGAAGAAGAAGAAAGAGGUAGAAGAGAGUGCUAGGUUGGAGGUUCAGAUGGAGAAGCUCAAACUUGCCAAGGAACAAAGGUGCAUUUUACAGAGUCAAGCUGACAUUAUCAAGAAUACUAGGAAGGCAAAGAAGGAGGUUGAACAGGAGAGAGUUUUGCUUAAGAUAGAGAAGGCCAAGCUUGAGCAUGUGGUGAAUGAGCUCCUGAGUGAUGGGCAUGCAAGCAAGGAGAAACUUGAGAAAAUCAAGGCCAUCCUUGAUUCAUGA